AUGACUGCGCUCCGCCUCCUUUCCACUGGGCGGCGGCUCUGCGCCCUCAUUGGCCACGGUGGGCGGCCCAGCCUGGCCACAACGUGGGCACGCUGCUUCUCCAGCAGCCCCCACCGCCGCCGACCAGCCAAAUUCUACGAGGACGCGGUAGAGGCCAUCAAGGACAUCCCUCAAGAUGCCACCGUCCUGGUGGGCGGGUUCGGGCUCUGUGGGAUCCCGGAGAACCUGAUCCGGGCCUUGCUGGAGACCCAUGUAAAGGGCCUCACCGUGGUCAGCAACACCGUGGGCUUGGAGGACUUCGGUCUGGGCCUCUUACUGGCCAGCAAGCAGAUCCGCCGAAUCAUCUGCUCCUUCGUGGGGAACAAUGCCCUCUGCGAGCACCAGUAUUUGACUGGGGAGCUGGAACUGGAGCUGACGCCCCAGGGCACACUGGCUGAGAGGAUCCGAGCAGGUGGUGCCGGGGUGCCCGCCUUCUACACCGGCACAGGCUAUGGCACCCUGGUCCAGGAAGGAGGUGCACCCAUCAGAUACUAUGACGAUGGCCACUUGGCCGUCAUCAGUAAGCCCAGGGAGGUGAGGGAGUUUCAUGGCCACCAUUAUCUUCUGGAGGAAGCCAUCACAGGAGAUUUUGCUUUGGUGAAAGGGUGGAAGGCAGACCGUGAGGGCAACAUUAUCUUCAGGAAAAGCGCCCGGAAUUUCAACCAGCCUAUGUGCAAAGCUGCCAACACCACCGUGGUAGAGGUUGAAGAGAUUGUGGACGUUGGAUCAUUUUCCCCAGAGGAAAUCCAUGUCCCUAGCAUUUAUGUAAACCGCUUGAUAAAGGGAGAGAAGUAUGAGAAAAGAAUUGAGCAGUUAAUUGUCCGAAAAGAAGGGGAGGCCAACCACAUCCCUGUCAGUGAUCUGAAGACCCGUAUCAUCAAACGGGCAGCUCUGGAGUUCCAGGACGGCAUGUAUGCAAAUUUGGGCAUAGGAAUCCCUCUGCUGGCCAGCAGCUUCAUCAGCCCCAACAUAACUGUCCACCUUCAGAGUGAGAACGGAAUCCUGGGCUUGGGGCCGUACCCAUUAAAAAAUGAGGUAGAUGCUGAUCUCAUCAAUGCUGGCAAGCAAACAGUCACUGUUAUUCCUGGGGCCUCUUUCUUCGCCAGUGAUGAGUCCUUUGCCAUGAUUCGGGGGGGCCACCUCGAUCUGACCUUACUGGGAGGAAUGCAGGUUUCCAAAUAUGGGGACCUGGCCAACUGGAUGGUGCCCGGGAAGAAGGUGAAAGGAAUGGGAGGUGCCAUGGACUUAGUGUCCAGUCCCAAAACCAGAGUGGUGGUCACCAUGGAACAUUGCUCAAAGGCAAAGGAGCCCAAAAUCGUGGACAGGUGUACCAUGCCUCUGACAGGGAAGCGCUGUGUGCACCGAAUCAUCACGGAAAAGGCGGUGUUCAACGUGGACCCCAAGCGGGGACUGACGCUGAUAGAGCUCUGGGAAGGCCUGACAGUGGACGACCUCAAAAAGUGCACAGGCUGUGCCUUUGCGGUCUCCCCGGACCUCAGGCCAAUGCAGCAAAUCUCCAUGUAG